AUGGCUGAAAUGUUCCUCAGUUUCGUGGUGGACGCAACUCUGUCCAGAGUGGCUUCACUCAUCAACGAUGAAAUCAUCUUUGCUUGGAAUCUUAAGGACGACUUGAAAGGCCUUCAAGAUUCCCUCACAUUGAUUCGUGCUGUGCUUCAAGAUGCAGAGGAACAACAAACCAAGAGAGAAUCUGUGAGGCUUUGGCUGAAGAAGCUCAGAGAUGUCGCUUAUGAUGCUGAAGACGUAUUUGAUGAGUUAGCGUACGAGGAUCUUCGAGGAAAGGUUCAGAUGCAAGACCAACUAGGAAGGGAGGUACGCAACUUUUUUUCGUUCUCCAAAGGCGCUCGUUAUGUCAAAAAGGUUGCAUUGCAUGUCAAAAUGGCUCACAAAGUUAGGAAAAUAAAUGAUUCGUUGAAUAAGAUUAAGAAUGAAGCUAUGGGUUUUGGACUUCAAGUACUAUCUAGAGGGCCUCGAAUCCACUUGGAUCGGUUGACAGACUCGGUCCUUGACAACCCAGUUGUAGGGAGGGAAGCCGAUGCCUCCAAAAUUGUGAACUUGCUUAGUUGUUCCUGUGACCAACAAGUUCUUACCAUUGUAGCCAUAGUGGGCAUGGGAGGUUUGGGAAAGACAACCUUAGCUAAAUUGGUGUGUCAAGAAGUAAUAGAAAAAAGGCUUUUUGAUCUUACAAUAUGGGUUUGUGUAUCUGAUCACUUUGAUUACGCAAGAAUUUUGGGGGAAAUGCUGCAAACUCUCGAUGAAAAUGUGGGUGGGGUGACCAACAUAGAUGCAAUACUUAAACAUCUUACGAAGAAGUUGGAGGGCAAAAAGUUUUUACUUGUUCUUGAUGAUGUGUGGGAUGAGGUAUCAAAGAGGUGGGAUGACUUGAUGAAUCGUUUGGUAAGAAUUAGUAGAAACAAUGGAAAUGCUAUUCUUGUCACAACUCGAAGCGAGGAAUUGGCAUCAAUAGUGGAGACUUCUACUCAUUAUAGGCAUAUUCUGAAUGUGUUGUCUGAUAAAGAUUCCUGGUCCAUUAUGAAGGAAAGGGCAUUUAGAAAUGGAGGAAUAUCAAUUCCAUCAGACUUGGAGGGUAUCGGAAUGGAGAUUGCAAAAAAAUGUAGAGGAGUGCCAUUAGCUGCAAAAGUUUUAGGUGGGACGAUGGGUUUGAAAAUAGAUAAGGAAGCAUGGCUGUCAAUUAGAAACAGUAAUGUUUUGAAUGCAUCAGAUAAUAAGGAUAAUAUUAAGUCUAUAUUGAAACUAAGUUUUGAUCGUUUGCCUUCAUAUCUGAAGUCAUGUUUUACAUAUUGUUCAGUUUUUCCGAAAGACACUGUGAUUGUAAAAGAUGAAUUAAUUCAGCUUUGGAUGGCUGAAGGUCUUCUUGGGACACCUAAUGCAGAUGAGGGUAAUAAAUAUUUUAAUGCCUUACUGCAUAAUUCUUUUUUCCAAGAUGUGAAAAGGGAUGAAUAUGAGAAUAUUAAAAAUUGCAAGAUGCAUGAUCUUGUGCAUGAUCUUGCACUGUCUCUUUCAAAUUCUGAGACAUUGACUUUGGAAAAUUGUUCAACUAUUGAUGACUUGUCUUGCAUUCGUCUUUCCUAUGUAGAUAGUCAAGAUGCAACAAUUUUAAAGGGAUUUCCAACAGAUCUUGGAAGCUAA